AUGAACAUGGAACUCGCCCAUCCCGCGGCCGGGGGCCGGAGACCGAGGGACCCGGGGGGCGGGGACCGAGGGACCGGGGCCGCAGCACGAUUCACCCGCGCCGACCCUUCAGCCGGAAACUGUCGCCAUCGGCCCUGGAGACCGGACGUGACGAGAGGCGGGAAACCAGGCAGCGUCAGGAACAUGGUUCAAAUCCCGGUGGCGCUGCGGAGUCCCAGAGAUGCCUCAAGCCCCGAGUGGGUGUUGAUGGAGCUGCAGGGUGAGAUCGAAGCACGGCAUGAAACUGGCCUGGCUGGGAGCCUGAUGGGAGAUCUGCACUACAGCCGAGAGGGAGUACCGAUUCUGAUCAUUGGCCACCAUAUCCUGUACGGGAAGGUCAGUCACCUGGAGAGGCCAUUUGCAGUACUCCUAAAACACACUGCCAGAAGAGCAGGGGCUGAGAGCCCAAAGGAAGUUCAAAGUCCUACCCAAGGAAUUAAUGAAGAGAACACUUCAACCUGCUAUGUGGUGACUGCACUAAUCAAGAAAAAGAUCAUCUUCAAAACCCGUCCAAAGCCAAUUAUUACUAAUGUGCCCAAAAGGCUGUAGUGCCAUUGAACCGGGUCUCUACAGUGGGGACAGCCAUCUUACAACCAGCGUACUCUUCCAAAGCUUCGGAUCGAAACUAACUGGUGUGGGUGACUGAAAGGUGGAUGUAUCUGCCUUACUGCUGACCUCAAUUCUUGUGCAAUGCCUGUUUUUUUUCUUCUGACACUUCACGUCUGAGAAAAAGAUGGAUCCUCUGAAAUAUGAACUCUUUUAAAGUAAAUUUUACUACAAGCUGUCACUUUUUUAAAAAAAUUAUAACUAGUGACUAUGUAUUUUGUCACUCUUUUUGCCAACAACAUUCACUGGGGCAAUGGAACUACUAUCAGGGGAAAAUAGACAGUAGGAGCAGAAGUAGACCAUUCGGCCCUUCGCGUCUGCACCGCCAUUUUGAGAUCAUGGCUGAUCCUCAACAAUUAAUAUCCUGUUCCUGCCUUGUCCCCAUAUCCCUUGAUUCCCCUAUCUAUAAGAAACCUAUCUAGCUCCUUCUUUAAAGUGCCCAGAGAAUUGGCCUCCACUGCCCUCUGAGGCAGUGCAUUCCACAAAUUCACAACCCUUUGGGAGAAGUUUUUCCUCACCUCUGUCCUAAAUGGCCUAGCCCUUAUUCUUAAAUCAUGCCCCCUGGUCCUGGACUUCCCCAAUAUCUGGAACAUAUUUCCUGUCUCUAUCUUGUCCAAUCCCCAAAAUCUAUUGGGGAAUAAUUUAUACAACAUAAUAUCCUUGUUAUUGUCGGUGGGAAACACAGUAUGCUCAAUAAUAUAACCAGUAUUUUAAAUGCUUAGAUCAUUUCUUAAGAACAAGAAUAUAUCAGGACCAGAAAGAGAAAAGAACCAGAACUAAAUAUACUUUUAGGCCCUUUCUGAAUUCGAGCAAGGGUGUUGGAUUGCUCCUGUGUUUCUGUGGUUGGAUAAAGACCCUGCUUAUGGUCAGGAAAGGUGUUCUGAUACAGAGCCCUAGAGAAAGGAGAACAUAAUGUGAGAGUGGUGGCUGCUGUAAGAUGGGGCUUGUUCUAACUGGAUUCUAGCUUGCUAAAGGGAUGCUUUUGCUUUGCUCAAAAGCUUUUGAAACUUUAAUCGUGUUCUGUAAAAUGGGUUCACGGGUUGUGGAAAUUAAAUCUGAUCUAACACAUCAGAGUAUUAAUGGGAAUUGAGAGGCUGUAGAAAUGGAGUAUAAAAUUAAGUUAAAAGCUGUAUCACCACACUAGUUGAGAGGUCAUUGACCUGAAACAUUAACUCCGUUUCUCUUCACAAAUGCUGCCUGACCUGUUGAGUGUUUCCAGCAUUUUCUAUUUCAGCACAUGCUGUUUUAUUUUCAACUUUCACACUUAAUGAAAUUCAGCACACGUCAGUACAAAUGCUGGAAAUAUGUAAAGAUGAGCUGGAGCCAAUCGGGAGUUAGAACAACAUCUAUGGACAGAAUGGGAGUCUGUGGACAUAGAGUUCAAAUGGCAGCAUUGGAAUGCUGAGAACAGGGCGUUUCAGGUGGAUGUUCUGGGCUGCAUGUGGCCUGAUCCUGCAUCUCUCUCUUUCAUUGGGAUGAUU